AUGGUCUAUUCGCCGCGCCACCCCGCCUCCCUACGCGCAUUCCCCCCAUUUCCCUACGGGCAUUUCCCCCCUUUCACUCCGCGCAUAUUCCCCCCUUCCAUAUGCGCAUUCCCCCCCUUUCCCUACGCGAAUUCCCCCCCUUUCCCUACGCGCGUUUUCCCCCCUUCCAUGAGCGCAUUCCCCCCCUUUCCCUACGCGCAGUUUCCCCCUUUCCCUAUGCGCAGUUUCCCCUCUGCUCCGCGCAAUUCCCCCCGUUUCUUACGCGCAAUUUCCCCCUUUCCUACACGCAGUUUCCCCCUUUCCUACGCGCAGUUUCCCCCUUCCCUACGCGCGGUUUCCCCUUUUCGUACGCGCAAUUUCCCCCCUUCCCUACGCGCAGUUUCCCCCUUCCCUACUCGGGGCUUCUCCCUUCCCAUCUCGCAGUUCCAACCCACACCCAUCGCUCACUCACACCCAUCGCUCACUCACACCCAUCGCUCACCCACACCCAUCGCUCACUCACACCCAUCGCUCACCCACUUCCCCCUUGAGUCUCCGAUUUCCUUCCCACGCCCUCCGUCCCUCUUCCCUCACUCUCAGCCCCACUCCUUCAUUCUCCGCACCUCUCCUCCCAUCCCUCUCCCAUGCCUCCCUUCCCUCCCUCUCCCUUCCCGUUUUCCCCAAUGGUUUCCCCUCUUCCCCACUCCUCCCUUGCCUCUCGUCUCCUUUCCUCCCUUCUCCUUCUGCCCCUACCCUCCUGUCGCUUUUCUCCUUUCCUCUUCUCUCAUUCCUUCCCUCCUCUUUUCCCUCCGUAACCUAAUUUUCAAACACUCCCCUCCUCUCCCUUCACUCUUUUCGCCCGUAUCCCCACACACCUCCCACUCCCUUCCCUCCUUCUCUCCUUGA